GUUGCACCUCGGAACAAGUAGCAUGCUUUAUUUUUUCAAAAAGCAAACUAAAAUUCCAUUCUCUUGAAAGGAAGGAAGCACGAGACGACGGAGUGACGACAACCAAGGUGCAGCCGACGAGAUCGCACUCUUCUUCUUUUUCCUACUCGCCGAUCGUCAAUCUCGGUCCGAACUCAGUGGAUUAACUCACUCUUAUCAUCUCGCCUCAACCGCCCUGAAUCGCGAUCCAGCUUCAUCUUCCUCAGAUGGAAUAUACAGAUGAGUGCUGCUCAACCCACCUCAUUGAUGGGGAUGGUACGUUCAAUGUUGAUGGAGUUGAAAAUUUCAUGAGGAAGGUUAAACUGGCCGAAUGUGGACUUUCAUACGCUGUUGUAUCAAUUAUGGGCCCACAAAGUAGCGGAAAGAGCACACUGUUAAAUCAUCUUUUUCAUACGAACUUUAGAGAGAUGGAUGCUUAUAAAGGAAGGUCACAAACCACAAAAGGUAUUUGGAUGGCUCGAUGUGUUGGAAUUGAACCCUGCACAAUUGUAAUGGAUUUAGAGGGCACAGAUGGAAGAGAGAGAGGAGAGGAUGACACGGCAUUUGAGAAGCAGAGUGCCUUGUUUGCCCUUGCUGUUUCCGAUAUAGUUUUAAUAAAUAUGUGGUGUCAUGAUAUUGGUCGUGAGCAAGCUGCGAAUAAGCCUCUGUUGAAAACUGUUUUCCAGGUGAUGAUGCGAUUAUUUAGUCCGCGUAAAACAACAUUAAUGUUCGUUAUCCGUGACAAAACAAGGACACCCCUUGAAAAUUUGGAGCCUGUUUUAAGGGAAGAUAUUCAGAAGAUCUGGGAUUCAGUUCCAAAGCCGGAAGCUCACAAAGAAACUCCUCUUAGUGAAUUUUUCAACGUCGAGGUUGUUGCUCUCUCUAGUUACGAGGAGAAAGAAGAGUUGUUCAAAGAGCAGGUGGCUAAUUUAAGACAACGAUUCUUUCACUCUAUUGCACCUGGUGGGCUUGCCGGAGAUAGGCGGGGAGUAGUACCAGCUUCUGGUUUUUCAUUUAGUUCACAACAGAUAUGGACAACUAUAAAGGAGAACAAAGAUCUUGACCUGCCUGCCCACAAGGUUAUGGUGGCUACUGUACGAUGUGAAGAAAUUGCAAAUGAAAAAUACUUCUCUUUUACUAAAAAUGAGGAAUGGUGUGAACUUAAUGAAGCAGUCCAGUCUCACACUGUGCCUGGAUUUGGGAAGAGGCUCAAUUCAAUCCUGGAAAAGUGUCUAACAGAGUAUGAGAGUGAGGUCAUAUAUUUUGAUGAAGGCGUGAGAUUGGCCAAGCGCAAGCAGUUGAAAGAUAAACUUCUGCAGCUUACACUACCUGCCUAUCAAUCUAUGCUUGCACACCUACGAUCUCAAACUUUAGAAAGUUUCAAAAAAGAUUUUGAUAGUGUGUUGAAUGGAGGAAAAGGCUUUGCUAUGGCUGCUCGUAGCUGCACUGAGUUGUCAAUGAAGGAGUUUGAUAAAGGAUGUGCCGAUGCUGUCAUUGCUCAAGCUAAUUGGGACUCAUCCAAAGUGAGGGAUAAGCUCAGGCGUGAUAUAGAUACACAUAUUGCAGAAGUUCGUGCUACUAAGCUUGCUGAACUUACAACAUUUUUUGAGACAAAACUAAACAAGGCACUAUCUGGAGUUGUUGAAACUCUUUUAGAUGAAGCUAAUGAUAAAACAUGGCCAGAAAUAAGAAGACUUCUUGCACGUGAGACCGAAGCUGCAAUAUCUGAUUUUUCUGUGGCACUUUCAAGCUUUGCUAUGGAUGAUGAAACCAGAGGUAAUAUGCUUUCGGCAUUAAGGGAUCAUGCAAGAGGAAUUGUAGAAACAAAGGCAAAAGAAGAAGCUGGAAGAGUUUUGAUCCGGAUGAAAGACAGGUUUACGACAUUAUUUAGCCAUGAUUCUGACUCAAUGCCCAGAGUUUGGACAGGGAAAGAGGACAUACGAGCAAUUACCAAAAAAGCCCGUUCAUCCUCUCUCAAGGUACUCUCAGUUAUGGCUGCUAUCCGUUUGGAGGAAGAAUCAGACAAUAUUGGGAAAACUCUUGCCCUUACUUUAAUAGAUCGCAAAUCGGGUAGUGCUGCGAACGAGAGUGACACUACAGUUGACCCUCUAGCCACAAGCUCUUGGGAUGAGGUUCCUCCUUCAAAAACUCUGAUAUCGCCCAUCGAGUGCAAAUCUCUAUGGAGGCAAUUUGAAAGGGAGACAGAGUUUACUGUGGCGCAAGCUAUUGCUGCUCAGGAAGCCAUCAAGAGAAGUAACAAUUGGUUACCACCUCCAUGGGCUAUUGUUGCCAUGGUUGUUUUAGGAUUCAAUGAAUUUAUGACACUCUUGAGGAAUCCUUUGUAUUUGGGCGUUAUAUUUGUCGCCUAUUUAAUUCUAAAGGCACUUUGGGUGCAACUAGACAUUUCGGGUGAAUUUCGCAACGGCGCUCUUCCUGGACUUAUCUCGUUAUCAAGUAAGUUCCUCCCUACAGUGAUGAACCUUCUCAAAAAGCUAGCUGAACAAGGGCAAGGUCAAACAACUGGUUCAUCCGAGGUCACCUCAGAAAAUGGAGAUGAACCCUCCUCAAGCCCCGCCGCUCCUCCUACUGAUAGGAAAACAAAGUGAAGUCAUCACCCCCUACCACACGUUUAUUAAUCACCCGGUGAUACACGUUCAAGUUCCUCUGCAUUCUGCCUCUAGUGGGACCCACAACAUGAACGGCCGCUUAUUAAACACCCUUCAAGAUUAACGACCGCCUCUAGUUUGAGCUGCCCACCCACCGCUGGGGGCAUAGCCUUAUGCCCCCACCCCCACCCCCACACGACCCCACCCCACCAAAGAAACCUAUGAUAUGUUGUUCAAGUUUUUGGUCCCAUUUUAGUUUUGUUUGUUUGUUUGUAUUUAAAGGGAUCUUUUUAUUUUUCCUGAUAUACGGAGUAUCUAUCUUCUUGUACUUCAGUUUUGUCUUGGCAAGAUUGCAAGAAGCAUUACAUUGUUGUCUGUAUUUUCAUAAAUAUAAGAUAUGGUAGUAAUAACUAACAGGCAGCUUU